AUGUGGAACAAUUAUCCAGGCCAGCAACAACAGCAUCAUCAUCAUCAGCACCGUGGGCCGCAGGGAGGUCCCCCGCCGCCGGGUGGAUUUGGAUUCCCGUCUCCAGAGCCAGGGUUCAAUAGUCCAGGCUAUGCACCUUCGUAUGGGCCGCCGCCUGAUGCUCCUCCUUCAGGAUCUUAUUCCUACGCUUACGUCCGUCUCUCCUCACUAUACCAUUCUCCACCCUUGUUCUCAAUCGGAAUCCCGAACACUUCACCCUCCACUCCCCCAACCACCAAUCACACCAACCAAACGAACAAAUAA